AUGGCCAGCCAGGGAAAGUAUGGCGACUGGAUCGCUCUGGCCCCAAACUCGCCAUCGACUGCCAAGUUGCGAAUCUUCUGCGUGGCCCCGGUGGGUAUGAGCGGAGCCUGUUUCCACCCGUGGGCUUCCGGCCUGCCGCGCGGGGUAGAGCUAAUGCCGCUGGAGCUACCUGGGCGUGGCUUCCGAAUGGCAGAGAAGCUACAGGCCAGUUCACUGAACGAUCUCGCCGCAGCUGCGCUAGAUGGCAUAGGACGGCCCGUUUUCGAGGAAGUGCCCUUCGCGAUUUUCGGUCACUCCUUUGGUGCUUGGCUGGCCUAUGAGCUGGCGCAGCAGCUCUGCGCAAGGGGCUGGCAGCAGCCCCUGAAGCUUUACGUGUCGGCAAACCGCGCGCCGCAGCUCCACUGCACUGGCCACGACCCGGAUCGGGUACAGCCCGAGCUAUCAAGGCUCGGAGAAGAAAGCUUUUGGGAUCACUUCGAGCGGAGGUACGGCAAGAAUCCGGACCUCCAGGAGUCCUACAUCCGGGACUUCAUUCGUCCCGUCCUUCAAGGGGACUUUUCUCUUUUGGAGACCUACGUCCCGAGCUCUUUAGAGAAGCUUCCGGUGCCCCUCUGCGCGCUCUGCGCCAUCGGAGAUAGGCGCUGCCGGCCGGAGCAGCUGUCGGCCUGGCAUGAAGUGGCGGGCGCCGGCUUCGAGGAGCGCUGGUUUCAGAACGUUUGGAAGCCGGAGUUCUGGUCCACCGAGCAUCGCUACAUCGUGGACAACCCGAAGUCUCUGCUGGCCUUCUUGUCCGAAGAUUUGCCUUUGCUGGGGUGCCCUGGUGGUGCCGACGACACCGGGAUCGAGGGCCCUGUGGUUUCCGAGUGCGCCGAGGACUCCGUGCCGGAGUCCACGGCGCCGGAGUCUGCCAGGAGGUGCUGCAUCAGCUGA